GGAGGGACGGUCAACCACCGUAGCACCGAACUACCUAGCACUGCCAGUUUAGUACAGCAGCCAGGAUCCAGUGAAGCAUCAGCACCUCCUCUGCCUGCUCCAAGAACAACAGCGAGCGGUGUGGGACUCAUGCAGCAGGACACGCUGUCUGCGCUAUCUUGCGCAGCUUGGGGUCCAGGUCCUGUGGGGGGUGGCAUUCAAGAAAGUGGGUCUGCUGUGUGCGCUCUGAGCGGUGGUAGAGGCAGUGGUGUCGGCGUCAGCGUCGGUGGUCACGUUCUUGGGUGGGGCGGUAUCCAAGCAGGGGGGGCUGGUCCCGCUGCUGCAGUGAGCGGCCGCGCGAGGGGUGGUGUCGGCGGCCGAGUCCCUGUGCGGGGCGGUGUGCAACCCUCACCAGGAACGGGAGUUGGCACCCUUAACGCCAACGGCGGCAGUGGAGGUUGCAGGCCUGCGCGCACUCUGAGCGGUGGUAGAGGUAGCGGUGCCGGUGUCGGUGGUCAUCGUCCUGGGCGGGCGAUAGUCAAACUCUUAGCGGUGGUAGAGGUGGUGGUGCCGGCGUCGGCGACCAACGUCCUGGGCGGGGCGGUAGCCAAGCAGGGCGGGCUGGUCCCGCUGCAGCAGCGAGCGGCCGCGGGAGAGGCGGUGUGCAACCCUCACCAGGAUCGGGAGUUGGUGCCCUUAAUGCCAGCGGUGGCAGAGGAGUCGGCAGACCUGCGCGGACAAGGACCACACUAAACCGCCGGUGCUCCGCGUGUGGUGCAUUGCCUUCAUACGGAAACCAGAAAAAGAGGCUCUGCCUGGAGGAUAGGUGCCCGCGAUGGGCGUGCAGGGCGCGCUGCUACCACGGUUUCAACAAGGAUCUCCAACAGAAGUGCUGCGAGUGACACAAAAGCAUCAAGACGUGUUGCGAGUGCAAAAGCUGCUCACGGAAAACACGGGCGGUGCCACCAGCCAACCGGGCAUCAAGGGGUACAGGUUUGGUCGCCGGAUGAGGGGGCGGUAGGGGACGAGGAGCUCCGCGGCAUGUACCCGUAAGCGUGAUUCGCUUGCCUGCAGCGGAUAAUGCUGUAAAC